UCUUUAAGGUCUUUAGAUUAUCCUUAAGGUCUUUAGAUCAUCUUUAAAGUCUUUAGAUCAUCUUUAAGGUCUUUAGAUCAUCUUUAAAGUCACUGAACAUCUGGAGUGAAGUUAUGAGCGUUGAAAAACAAGACACGCCCCUAAGAGGCUCAUUGGUCCAUAUCUCUGAACACACCUUGAGGGGGCGCUAGAGAGCAACCUCCAGCAGCUAAUCAGAAUGCAGAUAACCAAAGUAACCCCACUGUGUUCCUGUGGUCCUCAGGACUGCUUCGAGGACGCCUAUGACCGAGUCCCUGUGGCGUGUCACAUGGACCUGCACACGGCCAUCCAGGAGACUCAGUGCGCUCUCAAUCUGGUCCUCAACAACAAGUUCUCUGAAGCCCUGGACCUCCUCAAACCAUGGUGGAAGCUCAGCAUGUACCACGCUCUGGGCUACAGCAGCAUCCUGGUGCUUCAGGCCACGAUGACCUUCGAGCAGCGAGAAAUUCAGGCUGCCAUGGCAACCAUCAAGGAGGCGCUGCACACCUGCCAGAGGUUCAGGAAGAGGAGCUCUGUGAUUGGCUCCCUCUCCAGUCUGAUCAGCAAGCAGUCCAAGCUGCAGGAAGAGGAGAUGCACGCGGAGAUCUGCUACGCCGAGUGUCUCCUGCAGAAGGCCAUGCUCACCUUCGUGCAGGAUGAGAACAUGAUCAGUUUUAUUAAAGGAGGCAUAAAGAUACAAACAAGCUACCAGAUCUACAAGGACUGCCAGCAGGGGACCAGCGGCCCUCAGGACCCGUCCUGCCGGUCCGAAGUCUUCAGGCAGUUUGACGGCGGUGUGAAACUCGGCGUCGGCUCCUUCAACCUGAUGUUGUCCCUCCUCCCUCACAGGAUUUUGAGGUUGUUGGAGUUCAUCGGAUUCUCAGGGAACCGGACCUUCGGCCUGGCCCAGCUGAAGGAGGGCGCCUGCGGUCACAGCCUGCGGUCCAUCUUCUGCGCCCUGACGCUGCUCUUCUACAACACAUACGUGUCCCUGAUCCUCGGAACCGGAGAGGGGGACCUGGCGGAGGCCGACGCUCUGCUGGAGCCGUACCAGCAGAAGUACCCUGAAGGCUCCAUCAUCCUCUUCUACUCGGCUCGCAUCUCCACGCUGAGAGGGAACUUCGAGAAGGCCCGGGCGAAGUACGAGGAGUGCAUCAGCAGCCAGCAGGAGUGGAAGCAGAUCCACCACCUGUGCUACUGGGAGCUGAUGUGGAUCCACUCCUACCAGCAGGAGUGGCAGCAAGCCUACCAGUACGCAGACCUGCUGUGCAAGGAGAGCCGCUGGUCCAAGGCCAUCUAUGUGUACCAGAAGGCGGCCAUCCUCAGCAUGAUGUCCGAGGAGGACGUGAAGAGGACGGGGGAGGACGUGGUGGACCUCUUUAAGCAGGUGGAGGGGCUGAAGCAGCGCCUGGCGGGGAAGUCCAUCCCGACGGAGAAGUUUGCCGUGAGGAAGUCGCGGCGCUACAAAGCGGCGCGCCCCGUCCUGCUGGUCGUCCCCGCCCUGGAGAUGAUGUACAUCUGGAACGGGUUCACCAUCGUGGGGAAGAGAGCCGACAGCACCGAGGCUCAGCUGGUCACCAUCGAGGAGGCUGAGGAGCGGCUCCGCAACGACCCCAGCCCCUCAGAGUUCCACCCAGACGACAGCUGCCUGGUCCAGAUGUUGAAGGGACUCUGCCUGAAACACCUGGGCCGGUUGCUGCAGGCUGAGCUCUGCUUCACGCAGGUCCUGUCCAGCGAGAGUCGUAUCCGAUACGACCACUACCUGAUCCCCUUCACGCUCUACGAGCUGGGGCUGCUCUACAAGCAGCAGGGAGACGCCGCCAAGGCCGGCGCCUACAUCGAAAACGCCAAGACGAACUACAAGGACUACUCCAUGGAGAGCCGGCUGCACCUCCGGAUGCACGCCGCCCUCAACAGCCUCCGGGAGGCCGCGGCCGGCAGCCCAUAAUACUCGAGUGUCGGGGGUUUGAUGCCCAUCCCAUAAUACUCGAGUGUCGGGGUUUGAUGCCCAUCCCAUAAUACUCGAGUGUCGGGGUUUGAUGCCCAUCCCAUAAUACUCGAGUGUCGGGGUUUGAUGCCCAUCCCAUAAUACUCGAGUGUCGGGGUUUGAUGCCCAUCCCAUAAUACUCGAGU